AUGGAACCGUCCACUGUGUGGAGGGAUUAGUUGCUGGCAGCUUCAGUGUUUAGCCAAGGAACGUAUCUAGUCUAGCGUUAUUGGUUUGGUACGUUCUCGAAAUUUAGUGAUUCUGUUUGUGAUUCUUCCGAUAUCGAUGGAUCUGCUUGUGGGCACAACGGCAGCCAUUCACCGGCCGCCAGAACAGCGCGCCUCACUUUGUGGAUGCGACAGGCCUUCGGUCAGUCCACUCGGUAAUGGUUCUUUUUUUUUUCGGCUGGUUUUCGGUUGGAUAUUCUGCAAUUGUGUCAAUCGAGUUCUGUUUUCCUUUUUCUUCGUUCGUAAGAUCAUAGGAUCAAAUAUUAUUUAUUGUCUAUGCGAUGAAUUCCGACAUCCAAUUGAUGACGAAGAAGAAAAAGACCAAGUAUGGUUACGGUUACAAAACAGAGACAUCCACUAUUCUCCAUUAGGCGGUCCAGUGAUCAACGGCACUUGCUGAAUUGUUCAUUUGUGGAGAAAGUCAACUAAACUUCUUUCAAUCUGAUCUCUGUGUUUCAUCCCUCUCCCUCAUCACUUUUUAGCCAUCCGAAGAGUAGUUGCUACAGUAAUUCGAGAGACUGCCCUGCUCCAUCUUCCUUAGCUGCAGUCAAUCCCUCCCUA